UUCGUCUCGUUGGGUAGUACGAUAGUAAUCCAUAUUUUGCGUUGAAAGUGCAUCCACGCCCAUGGUUUUAUUGUAUAAUUACAUGCUUGUGAUUGAUAAAUGCGUUUCAGCAAUAACCGAACCGAUUUAAAUAGUGUAUCGAGCGUGAAACAUGCAGUAUUUGCAACACGUUCGACGCUCGGUCAACAAACUCGCGCAUUUUUCUCGGGUUAUUUUCGACUGAAUGCAAAACAAUCCCAGCACCGCAAAUCCGUAAACAUGAAAUCAUUGAAAUCUUUUCAAGGCGAGAUAUCCGAAAAAUUUCGCGAGCUUUAUUCGUAUUCCCCCGGCGAGCCGCGAUCGCGAGUUUAGUAACCACCUAGAGACCGCUGGAUAUACACUUCUGUGGUUGGUGUGUACUUCAUUGCAAAUAUGCAACUUGGUAUUGUUUCGUUUUCAGGGUUCAUAUUGCUCACCAUAUGCACAUUGGCGGAAAGUUAUUACUGGGAUUGGGAUGAUUCAGACACAUCACCCUCGAAGAAAUCGUAUGAAAACUCUGAUCACAGUGAGCACCACCACUCGAAAGGCGGCAAGGAAGGGGGAGGACAUGAAAAACACAGUAGUCAUUACGACAAAGAAAAAGGCAAAACUAAGAGUGGAAAUGUAAAAGUGCACGACGAAGAAGAAGCAAAGAAAGGUUCAGAUUUAGAAUGGAUUCAUGCCCACGACGAAGCAGAGGAAGGUGGGAAAAAACAUAAACACCAUGGGAAGAAGUAUCACGAAUCUUAUGAAGACGAAAAUGGUGAAGACGGAUUUGGCGGGAAGUAUGAAGAUUCUCAGAAGCACAAGAAGCUAAAUUACAGAAAGGGUUAUAGAGAAAAGUACCACAAGGACGAGGCUGAAAAACAUGACAGAUUCUUCAGCAACGCAGACAAAAGCGGCGAAUACGAAAUAUAUGGAAAAGGGCAUGCCAAACAUUCAAGCAACAAGCAUUAUAGAGCGAAAGAGAACAACCAUAAGGAGAAAACCGACAAGAAGAAAUAUGGCAAGAAAAGCAAAGGGGAAAAGGGCCAUCACGACUCUGACAGGAAGGUGCACCAAUCCUCAGGAGGGAAAGAAACGCAUCACAACCACCAUGAUUCUUGGGGCAAAAAGCACAAACACAAAGGUGGAAACAAGUACCAGUACAACAGUUAAUGUGAAGAGAAAUUGGGAUUGUUUAUUUAUUAUUUUUAUACUCGCUUGCUGUACCUUGAAUCAGUAUUAAUAAAGUAGGUUUUAUCAGUAUAAA